AUGGUGCGUGGAAACUGGCAGAAACGGGUCGAAACUGCCGAUGCACGGCGCAAAGAGGCCAAGCAGCGAAAACAUCGGUCCGAGGAGAAACGAAUCUUCAAGGGACAGGCACAGGAAAUGUUAGCACUUUUGGAUCGGCAGAUGGACGCUAUACGACGAAGCUCGUCUGCUUCGGAAGGCGGAAGUUCAACGAGUUGCUGCUGGAAACUCCAUCUUUGGCAAUGCAGCAACCAACAAGGGAAAAAGAAAGGAAGAGGUCGCUCGGGAUCCUUUCAACAAGAUGGCAAGAAAGUUCAUCCCCGAAGCAAGGAGGCAGAAACUGAGAAAGAAGAAUCCAGAUCGGCUGGACCUGUGCUUUGCAGAUCUCAAUUCUUUCAUGGGAAAUGUCUGAACGUGCAAAAACCUGGAAAGAAAGGAGGUUGUCGAUGUGCUCACUACAACAACAAGCAGUUAAAGACCUUGGCAGCUGUCUUGGUCGACAAUAAACAAAAGGGAGGACCCAAGACAGAGAAGGACGCAAUAGCACAAGCCGAAGAGGCCUGCGAAGCAAAUACCCCCCAAGAAAUCACGGAGUCUGACCCUGGAGGAAUGGAAGUGGUGUAUUACUUGUUACUUCCAAUACCCUCCAACAUUGGAACGGUUGUCGAAGACGGCGAUGAGUCUUCCCGAAACACAAUCAGCGACCUCACCACGGAAAAGCUUGCUUCCAACCAAAUUGGCAUUGGAAGCAUUGUAUACUUGGCAAUAUCGUCUCCAUCUCGAAAUAUCUUGCUAUACGAUCGAAAUAGAGAAGGGCUGGUCAUUCAAGAAUUUACGGUGGACGUCUUGGGGUCGUCUGGCGACGGAUCUACUGGAGAAUCUAUUGAGGCUGAUGACAAGCUGAAUGCUGAACAUUUGCCAGUGUCCAUCCUGGAACACAUAUUUCAAUAUCUAGAGGCUCCAGCCGUUGCAUCAGCAGCACAAGUGUGCACAUCUUGGCACAGAGAAAUUCGACAUGCAUCGCCUAAUCUUUGGAGACACCUACUGAAUCAGAGAGAUUGGCCAUUCCCGUUGGAUGCGUUGGAGGGUCACCUGAUCGACGGGAGCUUGCAGGAUCAGGAACAAGCUGCAAGUGCCUCUGGUAUUCUACGAGAUGAAUUCAUCAAACACUACUCAGUCCUCCGAGAUAUGAAAGCUCUCCAACAAGCCAUGACAGGCCUCUUGACUAGAAGACCAACAGAAGAGCGUGAGAUGUCCUUUCAGGCAUUCUCAACCAGAAGAGGAGCGCCUCAACCCCCAACAACUGUGUCACCGUGGAGAUAUGGGGACCCAACCAGGUCCUUGCUGCCUACUCGAACGACUGUACUUUGCGGCUCUUUCAGGCGGUUCCUCGGAACAUUUCCGCAGCAGGGCACAGCAGCCAACAAGAAAAAUCUUGCCGCGAGCUGCGUUUCGGAUGAUUCAUGUGACACCAAGACUCCGCACAUCUUGGUCAUUCUGAGCCGUGAUGAUCUCCUCGUGGUUGACGCCAGCAGUGACACUGCAGGGCGUACUUCGGACGAGCCGGAAUCACUGAGAGUGAUUGAUGUGGAAGAGGCCGUCUUGAACUACGUCCUCAGUUUGGACCACGUAGAUCAUCGGUUGCUGCGCCUUCAUGACUUCCUAGCACUGGGAGGCGAUUCGGAUGAAGUGGAGUUCAUUGUUUCGCAGAGUAUGGCCGCGUGUGGCUAUGGUCGGUUCAUGGUUGAGGUGGCAAUCAGCAUUCCCAUGAACGCGGACGAUGAAAAUGAUAACGACGACGACAACCUUGGAGAUGGCGUGUUACUACUUGACAGAAAGCUAUUCUUGUUCUCUUCAAGUGUUGGUGCUAUUGUUUGGAUGGGAGAUAGCAAUCCACCGAAUGUUCCGUUGCCGCCGAGACUUGAGGACAUGACUUUGGCAUGCAUCCGGAGGGCCAUACCUGGGGGCGGUACCCGUAGCUCCUGCACCGUCGCUGCCGUGUCGCAUGCACUUGCACCGCUUACAGAAGUGGCAUUGGAGGAAGGCUGGAAUUCAAGGUCGGAAGGCAAAAGACCCAUCCUUGUGACGCCUACGGAUGUUGUAGUCGGCGAUAGUCUCACCAGGCAGUUGGAUGGAGCUGCCAAUAGGGAAUACAAGUCUACAAUCACAUUUUACUCUCGAUUCCCCGAUGCGCUUCAAGAUGGAAUGGAUCCGAUAUCAAAGCUGAUGGUUGGAGAGAACUGCAUCAUUGACCGAAUGGCAGCCUUCCGAGAUGAUUACGUAGUGAUGUUGGUUCGUUUCUUCACGGAAACUGGCUUUGCUGCAGUUGAUGGUGGCGGCGGGCAUUGGGGAGGCGAAAAUCGAGUGGCCAGAGUCUACGCACUGACGAUCCACGUUCCCAGCCGACGCGAGAUUGAACGCUUGUGUCUGUACGAAGAUUUUGGACUAAACAAGCUGAACCUGGUUGUCAGUGACGAUACUGUUGCGUGUGGCGCAUGGUUGAAAGGGCUGAUCAUGACUGGCGCUGAUGUACGGUCGGUAAGGCCAACCAGUAAUUCUGUCCUUGUCAUGGAUGAAGCAUCGACGCCGAAAUCGGCAAAGAAGAAGGGCAAGCAUAAGCGUCAGUCCAAAGGAAGUGGCAAAAAAGACGGAUUCGCUCGAGGCAUGAGUCUCCGUGGAUAA